AGAGAGCCUCCUCGCCCCUUCCCCAUGUAACAACAUGGAGUGAGGAUGACACCUGUGAAUCAGGAAGGGGGUCUCACCAGACACGGGAUCUGCCAGCACCUUCACCUGAGACUUGCAGCCCCCAGGACUGUGAGAAAGAAAUGUCUGCUGUUUAGCCCCAGACUGUGGUGUUCUGUAUAUAAACCGCAGCCCGAGCUAAGACACUACGGUAUCCAUCUAUGGUUUCUCUUGCCGUCACUUCUGAAGGAUGUUUCAUCGUACACAGAUUUCUUGGUUCACCGUCAUUUCUUUCCCAGCACUUCAGUGAUACCGCGUCGAUUGUCAGUAUUUUCCUUGCUCCUUCGAAGGUCAUUUGUCUUUCUUUCUGGCUACACUGAAGAUUUGUAUCCUGUCCUUUACACGGUGGUCAAUCUGCUGCCAGAGAGUCAUGGUUGGAGAUCCAGAGGAGCAGGUGGGAAGUUGGCCCUCGGAUGCACCACCGCCGUCUGUAACCCGCAGAGGGGCUGGCUGGGUCUGGCCUUGGCUUCGCCUGGCUUGACUCUAGACUUGAUUUGCUCUGUGGCUUGUGGCCAAACCUGGCUCUCCAGCCUGGCUUCUUGCUGGUGUAGGUCUCCGCUCUCCCCAGACGAGCUCUGCCAUUUCCCCCAGUUUUUGAACCUCACAACCUUCUCAGGAUUGCUCAGACCCUGGGGCCACCGCUGUUGUAGGACAGACUUACAUCCGCUCCUGUCUCAGUCUAAAUGGAACCUUGUCUGGGUUUUCUGAACUCACCACCGAGGACACAUGACAAGACAGGAGGAACAGAAACCGUCGGACUAUGAGCCGGAGGUCGGACACGGCAGUAAUAUUCAUAAAUCAGUCAGCAUCAUCGUGACUACCGUUGGUGAUGGUCAUUUAAUCGGGACCCCUC